GGCCGUUGCAAUCCUCCCAAAGGACCCUCCAUGUGCCUCCGGGGACUCUCCGGCAGGCAGGGCCGGGGGCGCAGCCGCCGCCGCCGCAGCCCUUUGAACGGCCCUAUCGCUCCCGGCCGCGCCGCCCCGCGCCGCCCCCGCCGUGAUGCGGCCCCGGCUCCGCCUCCCCCGCUCCGCCGGCGCUGGGAGCUCCCUUCGCCUGUUUGCCCUUAUUUAAUUUCGAGUGUGAUUUUGCUAUUUUUAGCAGCUGGAUCCCCUCCAAUCCGCAGUCGCCGCGGGCGGGGGGUCCCUUCGCUCCGCAACACAGACCCGCCGGGAAAAACAAAACCAUCAAACCGCCCCCCAAAACCCAGGGCGAACACCCGGCUCCGGGAUCAAGCUGACUAAAAUGAGUGAAUCCAGCGCCAAAUCCAGCCAGCCCCUGGCCUCCAAAGGGGAGAAAGACGUGUCGGAGAAGAGGGGCCGAGGGCGGCCUAGGAAGAAGCCGCAGCAGGAGCCCAGCGAGGCCCCAACCCCCAAGAGACCCCGUGGACGGCCGAAGGGCAGUAAAAACAAGGCCACCACAAAGGGCAGGAAAGCUGCAGUCACACCAGGGAGGAAGCCUCGAGGGCGACCCAAAAAAUCGCAGGACGAGGAGGAGGUGAACAUUUCCCAGGAGUCAUCCGAGGAGGAGCAGUGACACCUCCCGAACCGGCGCUACCUCAUCGCCCGACGGCCCCGCAGCGGCCGGGGGAGAGGGACGGGGAGAGACCCACUGUGCCGCCCUGGCUUCCUCCUCCUCCUCCUCCUCCCUCCUCCGUUCCCUCCUCACCCUCAGACAACGGCAGCACUGGAAAAUGGCCCAACCCGGGCGGCCCCCACAGCCCCUGCCCGGGGGGGGGGGGCACCUGCCCCAGCUCCCCCUCCCCAGCCCUCGGGUUCGGGGCAGCCCCACUGGAAAGGAGGAUCAUGGCAGAGCCGGGGCUGGCACCCCCCACCUUUGCUGCCCCCCAUGCCGUGAUCUCACCCCACCAAAGUGGGUGCUGGCUGCCCCCUCCAGCACUGGGCUCUGCCCUGGGGCCUCUGCAGGGAAGAGAUGGGGGGGCAGUGAAGGUGAGACCCCCCCAAAUGCAUUAGACCUUUGCUCUGGCCUGCUGCUACCCUGGGCAGCCCCCUUUGUCCCCCCCAGUCCUGGGUGACUGCACUGUGUGUGGGAGCAGCUCCUGCAGCGCUGCCGGGGCCCAGUGCCCAUCCCCGGGGUUCCCAUCCCCGGGGUGCCCGGCCCCGGGGGUGCCAGAGCACGGCAGGCUCCAGGCAGCCCUUUCCUCAUACGUUCUGGGUUUUUUUUUUUGUUUUCUUUUUUUUUGUUGUUGUUGGUUUUUUUUUUGGUAUUUUUUUCGGUUUUUUAGUAGUUUUUUUUGUCCUUUCAUUCACAACUACCUCUGGAUAUUUAAGUUCCACUCUCUGAACUCACAGGUGUGCUGCUGCACUGCCAGGGCACUGUGGGCUCAGUGGUUCCUGUUUUCGGGGUGUUGCUGGGGGCUGUGGGGUAUUUUUUUUUUCCCCUUUUUUUUGGGCUCCAUUUUUCUUUUUUUUUAAAAAAAAAUCGUUAUUUUGAGGUCUAGUUCGCUCUGCUGCUUCAAGGGAUCGAGGCUGGCAGGGCAGAGGUGUGGGGGGACCAUGGGAUGCUCCCCUUGUCCCUCUGCCCCAGCACGACGGCUGCAGCGGGACCGGAGGUCGGUGCCGGGCGGCCCCGGCGGGAGAGAAUCGGGGUUUGGUUUGGGUUUCUUUUUUGGUUCACUGUUAACGACCUUUUGGGUUCCUAUUUGCAGUUACUUGAAUAAAACAUUUUAUGGAUG